AUGAAUGAACCUCGCAAAGGAUUAAAUCCGCACAAUGUCAUCAGCUCCUACUUCAUCGGACCAAAAUCAGAAAAUAUGGGAAACUUCCGAGCCAACAUUACAGCGAUCCUAGAUCAAAUCGAGAAAACACGUUCUGAUUACCAACCCAAUGACGAUGUCUUUAUCAGCGAGGAUGUUCGAACCUCCCCGGAAUUUCAGAACAUCACCCAAAACUUUCACAAAGCAGUCAAGAAAGCCGUGACACUCCUAGGAAAACACUCCAUUCCAUUCUGGCAUCCCCGCUAUGAGGGUCACAUGUGCACGGAUAUGACCAUGCCGGGGCUACUUGGGUACUUCAUGACGAUGAUUUACAACCCCAACAACGUUACUGUGGAAGCUAGUCCAUUCACGACAGUUAUCGAGCUUCGGGCUGGAAAGCAGCUGUGCGAAAUGUUCGGAUACAAUACCGAUCCCGAGCAAUCGAAACUGCCACUCUCCUGGGGUCAUAUCACCUGCGAUGGAACUGUGGCUAAUCUGGAAUCGAUCUGGGUUGCUCGCAAUUUGAAGUUCUACCCUCUCACUCUCUACCAGGCGAUGAAGGAAGGAAGCCUGGGUUUCAUUGCCGAUAGCUUCCACGUCACCACCUGCGUGGGAGAAGAGAAGCUUUUCAAGAACCUUGGGAACUGGGAACUGCUCAACCUUCAACCGGACGUUAUAUUGGGCUUGGGAGAUGCUUUGAAUGAGCAAUAUGGUAUCACCUCCAAGUUCCUAGAGAAUGCCUUGACGCCAUUUAGCAUUCAGACCACAGGGAAGGAUGUCUUGGAGCGCGAAUUCAAGAUUAAUAAGCCCUCCAAGUACUUCCUUGCCCAAACACGGCACUAUUCGUGGCCCAAGGGCGGAGCGAUCGCCGGAAUUGGUUCAGCAAAUAUGGAAGGCGUAGAGCUUGACAUGGACGGACACAUUUCGAUCGAAGCGCUGGAGCGAGAGCUCAAUCGAUGCCUGAAAGAGCGCCAAGCUGUAUAUGCCGUAGUUGCCAUCAUCGGAUCCACGGAAGAAGGUGAAGUGGAUCCCUUGUAUGACAUUCUGGCAUUGCGACGUCGAUUCCAAGACAAGGGUCUGUCGUUCCUGGUGCAUGCCGAUGCAGCCUGGGGCGGAUACUUUGCCAGCAUGAUUCCGCGAACCUUUAUGGCCCCAGGAAGAUACACAAUGGAUGGAGAUGGAGGCGACGCCGUCAGCAAUGUUCCAUCUCUGAGUCUGAAAUGCGAUACCAUCCAGCAUAUGAUUGCGCUCAAAGAGGCAGACACGAUCACUGUUGACCCACACAAGGCGGGUUAUAUUCCCUACCCGGCGGGAAGCCUAUGCUAUCGGGAUGGUCGCAUGCGAUUUUUGGUCACCUGGACUAGUCCGUACCUUACUCAGGGAUCACUUGAAAAUAUUGGUGUAUAUGGUGUUGAAGGAAGUAAGCCCGGUGCUGCCGCGAUGGCCGCAUGGCUCUCGAAUCAGACUAUAGGAUUGAAUCCCUGCGGAUACGGAAUGCUGCUGGGUGAAGCGGCCUUUACCAGUGCACGGCUAUCGGCAUACUACGCGGCCAUGCACUUAAAGCAAGCCAAGGAGGACAACAUACCCUACUAUAUUAUCGUUCCCUUCAACAGACUCCCUUUCGAGAGGGAAGGUUUCGACAUCUUGUCAGAGGAAGCAGACAAACGACGUGAAUACAUCUGGAACCACAUCCUGGCAAAAGACAACAAUGAGGUCAGCAACAACCCCUCAGCGAUGAGUUGGCUCCGAGAAAUCGGAUCAGAUCUGAACAUCAACGCCUUCGCGCUAAAUUGGUACGACGCCAAGGGCAACAUCAACACUGACCUCGAGGAAGCGAACUACUUGAUGAAACGAGUAGUUGACAAACUCUCAAUCACCAAGAGCACUAAAGAUCCUAGCAAGAUACCGCUCUUCCUGACCUCCACGCAAUUUGAGCCCGCGUUAUACGGGAAAUGUGCGCAGAACUUCAUGAAGCGACUACAACUAGAGCCAUGUGCACAGGACCUCUGGGUUCUGCGUAAUGUGGUGAUGAGCCCGUUCCCGACAGAACGAGGCUUCAUUCACCAGUUGAUGCAUACACUGGAAGAAACCAUCAUCAGCGAAGUGAUAACAUGCCGAAAGCGGAAUAGUCCCAAUGAAGAUAACAUCGAAUUCCUGCUCCGAGGAACAGAUGAGGUGUUCCUGGACUUCCAGACGGGAUUCCACCGCGCAACAAAACGUCAACAGAUCAUCUUGGCUGUGGAACUAGCCGAAGAAGUCAAAAAUCAAUACAUCGCGCUGCGAGCGGAAUUCCCCUGUGAAGACAUCGGAUUUGAGUCGAGCGAUCCUGUUCAUCUUGAAAAAUUGAUGGAAAAAAUCACUCACAACUCCCAUCAGAUCAUCGCCGGUAGGAUCGGUAUUGUCAAGGAAGGAGAAUACUCGUCCUCGAUACAAUGCAAAGUAACGAUGAAGAGCGUGGUGAAGAGUCGAGGAUUGAACUCCAAAUUCCGAGACGACCAUUACCCCCGCAACUUCAUGCCGUUUUAUCUCUUCGGCUCGGAAAAUCAACACCACAUCUCGCACAUGCUUCUCCAAGCGCCGAACAUCAAUCUUUCAUCUAGUAACAUUCAGCUAGAUGAAAAGCUCCAAGGUGAAGUUGCGCUUCACCUAGGAAAGGGAGAAGGUCUCAUCCUCACGUUGACUGAUUACCGGGAGGAAACGAUGCACCCCUUUCCGUUGAAGAACGAUGAUCCCACGAUAACUAGAGAGGGCUUCUUCUUCCGAAAGGGUCAAACCUUCGAGGUCAAAGUGUUUGUUGAUCCAAAGCCGAACAUCGCUAAUGGACCUGGGCUACUGGAUGAAUUGUCCACGCUGGUUGGACGUGGUAAAAUGACACUCGGGGAUGAUGUGCAUGUGGACGUGCAGGUGCUGAAUGCUGAUCCCUUUGAGGAUGUGACGGUGCCUGAUAUUCCGUGGGAGUCGGAAUUGGACGAGAUCACCAACGUAUUGAAUAGUGGGCAGUAG